CCGGAACCGGAAAUACUAUUAAGCAACAACUGCAGCGCAAAACAUAACUUGUUAUGCUCACAUCUCUAAAAAUCAAGCAACAGUAAUUACAUGACUUUAUUUAGUGAGGGAAACUAUUGUAGUUUAUUUGUACUUUGAGUUUUUCUUGCCAAGUACUUACCCAAUGCGAAGCGAAAGUUGUUUAUAUUCCCCUUUAGCUUAGCUGCUACGUUGUUGACGCCUGGCUCAGUGAAGAGUUCGAAACUGCAAUUGUAAGAGCAAAAAUGGCGGAUCCCGCACGGAUUAAACCUGAGAGAAUAAUUGAAAGUGCAGCGGAUGAACAAGACGAGCAGUUUGCUGCUGACGUGCCUGAGGAUGUAAGGUUGCCAGGUCCGGAAAAGCCUAAAGUCGAACCGAAAGAGGAGCAGUCUUCUCAAGACCAACACAAACAGGAGGAUAAGUCUGAAAUGGCAGCUGCAACAGAGGAUGAAGACGAAGGAACUUCGGGGCAGCCUUCAUCGAAUAGACUGAAGGUGGAGCCAGAGAAGAAAAAGGAGAAGCGGCAAAAGGUUGAUGAGGAUGAAAUACAAAAGAUGCAGGUGUUGGUGUCAUCCUUCUCUGAAGAUCAACUGAAUCGCUAUGAGAUGUACAGGCGCUCUGCCUUCCCCAAGGCUGCCAUCAAGAGGCUGAUCCAGUCUAUAACAGGAUCGUCAGUGUCCCAGAAUGUGGUGAUUGCAAUGUCUGGUAUCUCGAAAGUUUUUGCCGGGGAGAUAGUUGAGGAAGCGUUGGAUGUUUGUGAGAAGUGGGGCGACACACCACCACUUCAGCCCAAACACAUGAGGGAGGCUGUGAGGAGGCUGAAGAGUCGCCAUCAAAUUCCCAACACCAAGUACAAGAACAUUCUGUUCCACUGAGGACUCAGCCGAGAAACAAUAUUGACUAUAUUGGUGCUAAUACGAUGCUCCAUAUAGUCUACGAGAUGUCCCAUCAACAUUCAGUCUAAUUAUAAACAUGUUAACCACCUGGUAACCAGAUAUAAAUCUGUACAGGUAAAGAAACUUUGAUCGACACAUGAUAAAUGACUUUGAAAUGGUGGCAGCACCUGCCUUUCAUACCACAUUAUCGAUGUAAAUGCUUGAUGCAACAUUCAGUUUAAUGAUGGACUAUUGUUGUAAAUACAUUAUAUUUUUAUGUAAA